AGAUAUACCAGCUGGCCAUUAUACAACAAAUUGUAUAACAUGUAACCGAACAUGUCACGAAAGAUGUUAUAUACCUGACGACAGCGAUAAGGCAGGAUGCUGGGCAAUGGAUAAACGUACCGGUACGUGUCGUAUUUGUCCUCAAAAGUGUCACUGGCAAAGUCACAAAAAUAUGCCGUUCAUCAUGGUCAUCAAACGUCGGGCAGUAACUAAGACGUCUGCUGAACUGUAUGCCAGAUACCAACAAGGUAUGCAGGAUAAGAUGACAGCCGAGGGACUGAUUCAGAAACUUCAUGAAGACUUCGAAUCGCACCAGACGAGUACGUUAAUGCUUACCGAGGAAGUACGCCAAACAGUUGAGCAUCUCAAUGAAAUUGCUCUUAAGCCCAACCCACUGUCAACAUUGGAUUACAUUGAUACACUUAUCGAUUCAGAGAUGGCUGAGCGAAAGCCUGGACACAAACAGCGAGUUGAAGAGCUGAGGAAACUCCGAACCAGAACAGAGGUGUUUGUUAAGAUGAUACAUGAAGGAGCCGAUCCUUUUAAUGACUACAGAAUAAAGAUCAUGGAUAUGAAACCGAAGCAGAAUUCGGAGCAGGGUGUAUUUGGAAGAUUUCAGAAUUUUGUAACUUUCAGCUGGGAAAUGGUGAAAGAGGGGCUUCGUAGACAACCAAAAAGAAAAAGGGCCAGGAGAUGGGAAAAGAGUAGCUCUGGAUAUGUCCCUUCAUCCAAAGUUUGAAUCAAGGAUUCUUGCUCGAGAUUCUCUUUGAUGGACUUUUUAUUGAUCAGUUGAUGGUUUUCAGACUUGUUUAUCUUUUUAUUACUUUCACCAGCUCUGUACACAAAAGUUAAAUGCAAAUUGAAGUUUAAAAAGAAAAAGUAAAGGUUUUGCAAAGGCACAACAUUAUUGUGAUAAUUAGGUUUUCCGAAAUAUAUUUGUUGUAUUUUAUAUGCGAUAAAAGUUUAACGUAGGAUAAGUUGAUAUCAGUUGCAGAACAGGA